AAAGAGCGAAGGGCAGCGUCGUCGGCGGCAGCGGCAGAUGCUGGGAGACGCGUCGGCGGAGGGUCGGCUCUGACUUGAAAACUGCCCCGUGGGAAACACCCGAAGAACGAAAUGGCAGAGAAAGUGAACAACUUCCCUCCGCUCCCCAAAUUCAUCCCGCUGAAGCCGUGCUUCUACCAGAACUUUGCCGAUGAGAUUCCCAUCGACCAUCAGACGCUGGUGAGAAGGAUCUAUCACUUAUGGAUCUUCUACUGCAUCACCUUGGGCGUCAAUCUCAUCGCCUGCCUGGCCUGGUGGAUCGCCGGCGGUUCCGGAGCCAACUUUGGCCUGGCGCUCCUCUGGCUCCUCGCUUUCAGCCCCUGCGGUUACGUCUGCUGGUUCCGGCCGCUCUACAAAGCCUUUCGUUCGGACAGCUCUUUCAACUUCAUGGCUUUCUUCUUCGUCUUCGGAGCCCAGUUCGUCCUGACCGUCAUUCAGGCCAUCGGCAUCGGAGGUUGGGGGGCGUGCGGGUGGCUGGCGGCCGUGACGUUCUUCGGCACAAGCGUCGGCGCUGCUGUGAUCAUGCUCGUCCCGGCCAUCAUGUUCACGUUUUCGGCGCUGGUGAUGCUAGUUUGCCUGCUGCGGGUCCACCGGCUUUACCGCGGCGGGGGCGGCAGCUUCUCGAAAGCUCAGGACGAGUGGCAGACCGGGUCAUGGCGGGACCCCCCGAGCCGAGAAGCCCAGUUCAGCAACUUCUCCGGGAACAGCCUCCCCGAGUACCCGACCGUCCCCAACUACCCUCCCGGAGGCAGGUGGCCGUGAGUUCGAAACCAGCUCCCGUCAGACUUGCGCCCGGAUCGUUUGUUUUUCGGAUCGCUGCGCCAAAA